CCCUCUCCCUCUCUCUCUGAGCAGGAAUGUGGAAACGGGAGUUAAGUCAAGACAGCACCGCACAUUUGUGCGUCCGCACAGGAGUAAAUAAUUGAUCAUCGCUUCUGUUACACGUAUUGACGAGCAGGACGCGAUUCAUGAACGGAUUCUGCAGUCACUUUUUGUGGAUUUGCAUUCUCGGGACGAACGCAUUUCUUUUAGUAUUUUUCCUCGACUGAAGAAAAAGUUUGCUUUAAGAUCCAACACAGCUGGAGUCUGCAGAUGGAAACAAGCUCUCAGUGCACACCGAGCGCACCUAAUAACGGAGCUCUCCCAACAUGAACCCGGAGUCACCGAGGAGGUGAAGGCUGCUAGUGUUAAAUGCUCACUGCAAACCUUCCCACGACACAGCAACUGCUCAUAUAACUGCUGUUAGUUCAGUGUGAACCAUUCACAGACUGUUUACCAUGGCGUCUAGUCUGACAUGUACGGGUGUUAUCUGGGCCCUGCUGUCCCUGCUGUGUGCUGCUGCCUCCUGCGUUGGCUUCUUCAUGCCCUAUUGGCUGUUGGGAAUACAGAUGGACAAGCCAGUGUCCUUUGGCACGUUUCGACGCUGCUCCUACCCAGUGAGGGACGAGGAGAGUCAGACCACGGUGAUGCUGGAGCAGUGUGGGAGGUACGCCUCCUUCCACGGAAUCCCGAGUCUCGAAUGGAGGAUCUGUACUGUGGUGACAGGCGUGGGAUGUGGCCUCCUCCUGCUGGUGGCGCUCACAGCUCUCAUGGGCUGCUGCAUCUCUGAUCUCAUCUCACGUACAAUUGGUCGCGUGGCUGGCGGUAUUCAGUUUGUUGGUGGUCUGCUCAUAGGGUCAGGCUGCGCACUCUACCCACUGGGAUGGGACAGUGAGGAAGUACAACAGACCUGCAACAACAGCUCAGAUCAGUUUCAACUAGGUUCCUGUCAGAUCGGCUGGGCGUAUUACUGCACAGGGGCGGGAGCGGCGGGUGCCAUGCUGCUGUGCACCUGGCUGUCCUGUUUCGCGGGGAAGAAGCAGAAGCAGUACCCGUACUGAGGAGAGCAUCAGAGAGACGGGGUCGGGCGGAGACCUCGGGCGGUACGACAAAAGGGAGAGGACUGUGCGCGCUCACACCAGUACAGCACAUCAGGCACCAAAGACAUCGAGUCAUUACGGUGCUCUGCACAUCGUGGGACACUACUCAUCUGACAAACUGCAGGGACCGUUUCAUAAUGCAGCACACACACACACACACACACACACACACACACACACACACACACACACACACACACACACACACACACACACAGCUUUGAAAACUGGUACUUCUCUUAAAAGCUGUUCUUAAAUGAAAAAUGUAUGGACCAAUCCUGUUUGUAAGAUUGUUAUAUAACUAUUUCUUUAAU